AUGAUGAUCAAGGAAUCUAUUGGCGCAGAGUCAGAACCCCUCCCAACCUUCGAGUCAACCCUCGUGGUGGCAUUUCCCGAUGUGCUCAUGGCAGGACCCAAGAUUCUCUUGUCUGCAGCUCCUCACGCCGACUCUAUCCCUGCCUGGUCCCACUUCUGCACAACACCUGAACCAACACACAAGCGAAGCUCAGCGACAUCAACGUCAUUGGCUAGUCAGAAGAAGAAAAAGGCGCUUGAGGCGAGUGCGAUUCGGUAUUCGACGGUACCAGGAGGAGGAAUUGGACUGUUGACGAUUGCGGUCGCACCACCCACGAACGAGCAGAGCUCGUAUUUGUGCGAGGCGAUUGUGAAGCAGGCUAGAGCUUCGGGUACGGGGCGGAUUGUAUUGGUUGCUGCUUCUAAUUUCGCGAGCAAGGUUCAGGAUACCCACAUCGUGCAACUUCAUCAAGAGGGACAGUUGGGACUUGCAGCGGUACCCAAGGACGUAUCACUGGGCGACCAUAUCUUGAGCACGUUCUUGACGCUUUUGACAUACAUCGACAUCCCGACUACUGCUCUUAUGCACCCGGCCAAGAAGGGUACCAACCUUCGGGAAACAAGGGCGAUUAUCGAGAACUUGACGCGUGCGUUAGGAGUGGUGGUUGGAGAUCAGGCAUCGAAGGUGUUCUCGGCAGACAAGGCGUUCGACUACAACACCUCUACGGCCGAAGAGGAGGCGAGCACCGAGAGUAUGAUGUAUUUGUAG